AUGUCGAAACGCGACGUCGUCCUCACCAAUGUCACCGUCGUCCAGCUCCUGCGACAGCCAUGCCCGGUGGUGAGAUCCCCUCCUCCCCCGCCACCGGAGGAGCCUCCCCCACCCAAGGAGCAGCCAUCGCCAGCAAAGGAGGAACCCCAAGUCCUACCACCCAAGCCGACCCCUGUAGUUGGGGAGUUAGCCGUGGGCAUCAAUGGCUUUGGACGCAUCGGUCGCCUGGUGCUGCGAGCUUGCAUGGAGAAGGGCGUGAAGGUGGUGGCAAUAAAUGACCCAUUUAUCGAUCCAGAAUACAUGGCAUAUAUGUUCAAGUAUGAUUCAACACAUGGCAGAUACAAAGGGAACGUGGAACACAGGGGUGGACGCUUGGUUGUGGACCACCGGGAGAUCUGCGUGUACCAAUGCAAGGACCCCAAAGAAAUCCCCUGGAAGGAUUUUGGGAGCCCCUAUGUGGUGGAGUCUACGGGCGUGUACCUGUCCCUAGAGGCAGCUACAGCACACAUCAACGCUGGUGCCCAGCGUGUGGUCAUCUCUGCACCCUCCCCUGAUGCUCCCAUGUUUGUCAUGGGUGUGAAUGAAAAGGAAUAUAAUCCUGGCUCCAUGAAAAUCGUCAGCAAUGCAUCCUGCACCACCAACUGCCUGGCUCCCCUUGCCAAGGUCAUCCACGAGAAAUUUGGGAUUGUGGAAGGGCUCAUGACCACAGUCCACUCCUACACGGCCACCCAGAAGACUGUGGACGGGCCAUCGAAAAAGGCCUGGCGAGAUGGGCGGGGCGCCCACCAGAACAUCAUCCCAGCCUCCACAGGGGCAGCCAGCGCUGUGGGCAAAGUCAUCCCAGACCUUAAAGGGAAGCUAACAGGAAUGGCGUUCCGGGUGCCAACUCCAGACGUGUCUGUUGUGGACCUGACUUGCCGCCUGGCCCACUCUGCCCCCUACUCUGCCAUUAAGGAUGCUGUAAAAGAAGCAGCCAAGGGGCCAAUGGCGGGCAUCCUUGCCUACACCGAGGAUCUGGUGGUCUCCACGGACUUCCUCGGUAAUACCCACUCGUCCAUCUUCGACGCGAAGGCCGGCAUCGCCCUCAACGACAACUUCGUGAAGCUCAUUUCCUGGUACGACAACGAAUACGGCUACAGCCACCGAGUGGUCGACCUCCUCCGCUACAUGUACAGCCGCGAAAAGUGAAGCGGAAACGCCCCCCUUCCUCCGCUUGCGGCGGGAACGACUCCACCCUCCACUUCCGGUAGGAACGCCCCUUUUGCUACUUCCGGCGUUCCCGCCCUGGGUUUCUGCCACUUCUCCCGCCUGAGCGUUGGAAUU